CGCGGUCGUGACAGAAAAUUGAGUCAGUUCCGUAAGUAGAGUUCAAGAGGAGUUGUGUCUCUGUUCCGUUUCAAAUUUUAAAUAGCUCUCAUAUAUGAUGGCGUCCGCUAAAAGAAAGCAAGAUGAAAAGAAUUUAAAAAUAUUGCGCGAGCUGGUCUCGCAACCCGGUAACAAAGAAUGUUUCGACUGCCAUCAGCGAGGUCCUACUUACGUCAACAUGACAAUCGGUUCAUUUGUCUGUACCUCUUGUUCUGGUAUGCUACGGGGCUUGACACCACCACACAGAGUAAAAUCUAUUUCUAUGGCAACAUUUACACAAGAGGAAAUAGAUUUUAUAAAGGAACGUGGUAACGAAUAUUGCAGAAGAAUAUGGUUAGGCUUGAUGAAUUCAAAUUCCCCUCAAACUUUAGAUACAAAAGAUGAACAAAAAAUGAAAGAUCUUAUGAGUGCAAAAUACGAGCUUAAGAGAUACUAUUUGGAUCCGUCCAUGGCAAAUCAAAAUUCUAAUCAAAACUCCAAUCAAAAAUUGCAGUCGUCGAAUCAAACCAACAUUCCAAGGGUUCCUCAUUCUGGAACAUCAACAUUAUCUUCUAUAUCAACUCAGAAAAUAAACAAUUCUGAGUCAGUAAAUUCUAACAACUUUUCGACAGAUUUUGUAGCUGAUUUCAGUAAAGUUCCUGAUCCAUUUAUUACUACUACAACGCCUACGAAUAAACUCAGUCAACCGAUCGUACCUCAGCCAUUCUUCGCCAAUUUCGACAACAAUCCUGUUUUUAAUAGUCCUAAAAAUACAAAUAUCGAAUCCUCAAGUCCGUUUAGUCAAACUACAGGAAAUUCUACUAACAUAAUGAAUGCAAACGGAACAUAUAUACCUCCAUCCGAAGAUCGUUAUGCGGCACUCAAAGACUUAGACUCUUUAAUGAAACAAACCCAACUGAAAGAUGAUACUCCAGCAACAUUAAAUACAUCCACAUGGAAUUCUAAUAAUGCUUCAAAUUCAGUUUGGAAUGUAGGAAAUCAAACUACAAAUGUAAUUUCAAAUCCUUUUGUAACUGGUGAUUUAUGGCGACCAUCAGCUAAUGUAGUUAAUAAUAAUACACAAUCCAUUGAUACCUCCAUAUAUAAUCCUGUUAAUCCUUUUAAGCCAGCGCAGUUUCCUAUAAAUAAUGAUCCGCAAUGGGUAGGUAUUGGAUCAUCUAAUAACAGAGAUGUAAUUCAAUUUAGUCAAUUAAUGACAAAUAAAGUGUGGCAACCAACUCUUCCAGCAUAUCAUGCUAAUCCUUUUAUGGUCGGUUCUGGUGUGAGUAACAUGACAAGAAAUUCGAACAAUCCUUUCUUAUGAUUAAGUAAGCAUAUGCUUUUAAUGGAAUUACGAACAAAUAAUACAGAGCUAAAAUAUGUUUAGACUAGGGCAAUUGUUUAUAUACGUGACCUUAUUGGCAAUUAGUGCCAUUAACUUUUAUCUCCAGGAGCACCAAUCUCUUAUUCAUAUAAACUAAAAUAAUACCUUUAUUUAUGAAUAUGAUAUACACGUUAAAUAAAGAUUAAUAUUUGUUACCAA